GGAUGUCAAUCUCUAUCUGACGUAGCUAGUAUAGGUACCUACGUGCGGGAUUUAGCCAACUUUUAGUUAUUUUAAAUAUUCAGUGCGCAGUCAACAGCUCGCGAAAUGUCGCAAAUUAUUAAUUUGAGAAUUUUCAUCUCGAUGGUCUGUGUAGUAAUAGCAAGACUCUUAGAUGGGGCAGCAACCAGCAGCAUGUCGAAGCGCACGGCGACCAACGAGGUGUACCGCGGGCUGGUGGAAGCCAUGUCCAUACCGGCCGAACUGCAUGAGCGACCCGACGGAACCAAGUACGCCAGCUUCGGGGGCGUCGUGCCCAUACACUGCUGCACGCCCGAGCAGGUGUCCGAGUACGCUCGCAGGACGCACCACUACUGCGACGUGUUCACGGACCAGCUGCUGGCGCCGCUGGGCGAGCUGGCCUACGUGCGCCUCGACGACAACACCGCCGAGAAGGUGUUCAUCAACCGCGUGAAGCGCAUCGUGGUGGUGUCGGCGGACGGGGCGCUGGCGCAGUGGCGCGCGGCGCCCAGCUUCGAGUCGGCCAACCGCUACGUGGCCGGCACGCCCCUCGUCAACAAGGACGGGGCGCUCGUCAGCGUGCUCACGGCGCGGAGGGGGAACCACUACGCCGUGUCCACCAUCGAGGGCGACGGUGGCUACUUCGACACCCCGAACUCGUGGCAGACGGUGGAGACCCCCGAGGGCCACCUCGUGUACGGCAACAUGACAUUCCCCACGCGGGACGAGCUGCGAGCGUACGUGGCUGCCCUCCCCCCUGCGGAGGUGGGCCGUGAUGCUCCGCCCACGCCCGUGCUGCAGCACCACGCGGCUGGCACGGGCGCCAGGCUGGCGCUGGUGGCCGGGAAUGGCCGCCAGAUGGCGCACGUUAUCCUGCAAGGACUUAUCACUUCGGGGGUUGAGUACUUGUAAAUGUAAAUCAAGUAUAUUGUACCCGUUCGAGUGAACUUGCUUCCCGUGUUGUAGUUGUUAGUUCGUGAGUUGUGGAGCGUGCGACAGAGCGAGUAAGAAGACGCUCUGUUACUCUCCCCCUUGCGUUGAUUAGUCUACUCCUGCAUAUCUCCGCUUUGGGGCCACCAAAGCUGUGGUAUGAAUCGGUACAGGAAGUCGGAAGGCCACAUUGAAGCAAUUAAUCUAAAACAGUAAUAAGUAUUGCUAUUUGACAUAGGAAUACACUGAUCAACGCGAGGAAGAAAGCUACAGGGCCUCUAUUCUCUCCUCUCCGCUAUGAUGGAAACGUAAUUUCCAGAAAAUUCCAAGUUCCUUCGACCGGGCAGUAAAAGAUUAUGAUCAGGUACUGCAACUACCCGUUUUAUUAAAAAAAAGUACCUAUACUAUUAAGUGAUAGGUAGAUAAUAAAUAUUUUUCAUUUACUUUUAACUAUUAAUAAGAAACAUAUAAUAAAUAAAAUAUAACAUAUAAUUACUAGAGAGACAUAAUAAUUAUUUAAGCGAGAUUAUUACUUAGGUAUAUACUUCAAUAAAAAUAUUUUUUCAAA